ACCAAUCCCCUUCUUCCUCCUCAGCCUCCUCAGCGUGAAGAUGACAAGGAUGAAGACCUUUAUGACGAUCUACUUCCACUUAAUGAAUAGCCUCCUCGCUGGGGAGGCAGAGUCCUCACGUGGUCUCCUUCCUCGCUCACAGCCUGUGCCCCGGGGAGCCUGGUUUGCAGACAACCGCAGUGGUGUCCAUGGGCUCUGGAGACCAUCGGUUCAGCCUCACCGAAAUCCUGUCUCAGGACUACAGCGUCCGGGAGGAGUGCGAGGAGGCCUCAAGGUGCCCAGACAAGCCCGAGGAGGCACUGGAGAAGGACUUCAUCUCCCAGAGCAGCGACAUGCCCCUCGACGAGCUGCUUGCACUCUACGGCUAUGAGGCUUCAGACCCCCUCUCAGAACGGGAGAGCGAGGGUGGCGACAUGGCCCCCAACCUCCCGGACAUGACCCUGGACAAGGAACAAAUAGCGAAGGAUUUGCUUUCAGGGGAAGAAGAGGAAGAGACACAGUCAUCUGCAGACGACCUCACCCCAUCCGUGACCUCCCACGAGGCCUCCGACCUUUUCCCUAACCAGAGUGGACCUCGUUUCCUGGCUGGCGAAGACAAAGGGCCCGACUCCUCUGCCUCCUCCGACGCCGAGGAGGACUCCCUUCCUGCCAACAAAUGUAAGAAGGAGAUCAUGGUGGGGCCUCAGUUCCAAGCCGACCUCAGCAGCCUGCACCUGAACCGGCACGGGGAGAAGAUCUACGAGAACGAAGACCAGCUGCUCUGGGACCCGGGCGUCCUCCCCGAGAGGGAGGUGGAGGACUUCCUGUACAGGGCCGUGAAGCGGAGAUGGCACGAGGUGGCUGGGUCUCAGCUCCCGGAGGGAGAGGCCGUGAAGGACAGUGAGCAGGCGCUGUACGAGCUGGUGAAGUGCAACUUCAACGUGGAGGAGGCCCUGCGGAGGCUGCGGUUCAACGUGAAGGUCGUCCGAGAUGGGCUCUGUGCCUGGAGCGAAGAGGAGUGCAGGAACUUUGAGCACGGCUUCCGAGUGCACGGAAAGAACUUCCACUUGAUCCAGGCCAACAAGGUGUGGAUGCUGGUGCCCUCCACCCGCCAGGCUCCGCUGCGAGCUCCUCGUUCUGAGCGGCCCCGGCCUAGCCACGAUGGGCUGCGUGUGGCUGGGUUUGUGGGCCUGCAGACACACUGUUC